UUGAAAAUUUCUCUGUGUUCGGUUUGAUUUUAUAAGACCGUUUAGGAUAAUUAACUCUCGAUAUACAAAAGAAAAUGAAAGUUGGAAAGACUGAGAAGUUUCCAGUCACUGCUAAAGAGAAUCAGUUUCCAGACAACGAUCGUAAACCUGAGCCUGGUGUAAUUGAAGGACAGAUGGAAAAGCAGAAACACGCCAGUUCUCUUAUAGAAAUGUUUCAACAAGAAGCGCUGAAUGAAAAGCAAACUCGCCUCCUCGCUCAGCUGAAGGCCCUUGAAAAGGACAGAUUAGCAACAGAUGCAUGGAAAAUAAUAGCUGCUCUGAAGAAGGAAAAAGGAGUGCUUGAGACACAAGUUCAAAAGCUCAGAGCACAAAACAGCAACCUUACUGGUGGAAUAGAUGGAGCUGGAAAUUGUAAAAGAACUCAGACAAUAUCCAGCGAAAUACAAAAUGCGGUGUACAAGCCCACUAAUAUCUUGAAAGAUUACAGCAACGAAAGCAGCGUGAACGAAGUUAGAGACGAGCUCAAUAAAGUCUUAAACGCUGUAACAUGUGGAGUCAAAGACAAACAAGUUAGGGCAGAAGACAGUAAAGAUGGUGCACCUCCUCUGAGUACUUCAAAUUAUGUCAAGAAAUCAGCACAAGACCCGGUAGACACAGGUAUGCGUUGCGUUCCCCUCACAGAGGAAAAUCUUACAGAAAGAUCGCCCGAUAAAUCUAAAGAGCUUCGGGAACCUGUGGCUGGCGUGUGUGGACUGCAGAAUCUCGGCAACACGUGUUUUGUGAAUGCAGGCUUACAGUGCCUCUUCAGUGUGACGCCAUUCUGCAGAUUCUUUCUAGUAGGUGGUGGGCACAAAACUGUGUCUCAGAGGAACCCCAAGAAUUUUCCAAGGGGAACACCUGAUAAAAGUCAGCAAUCAUUGAGCAAAGUCUUGGGUGAGCUGGUGACGAAAGUCUGGAGUGGUUGUUAUACGGACUGCGACCCAACAGAGCUGUACACAGCAAUCACUACACACUUCUGUCAUCAACUUACACCACAGAGACAGCAUGACUGUCACGAAUUCCUGGCGCUGUUUCUCGAUGGACUUCAUCACGAACUUAACUGUGUUACUGCCGACAGUUCCAAUAACUCAUCACCAGAUCAGCUUACUAAAAAUGACUGUGCGGAGCAGAGAUGGAGAGAAUACACCAGGAGUAAUGACUCCCUUAUCGUUGAUACUUUUCAAGGACAACUGCAAAGUGAGAUCACUUGUUGCAGCUGCAGUCACAAAUCUUCUAAAUACCAACCAUUUACAUUUCUCUCCGUGCCACUGCUAAGUGAAUCAUACCACACAUUUGUUGUUACGUGGGUUACCUGUGAUCUAAAAGGAGAAAGUGAUGGGAAAAUACGGGCAGUCAGGUACAAAGUACACGUGACAAAACCAAGCACUGUAUUAAAACUUAAAACCAAUUUUGUUUCCCUGCUACCCGAAGAUGCACAACCAGAGUUGGAGGACAUCAGGGUGUCUGUGGUGCGAAACAGUCAGAUCGUUUCAAUAAUGAGCGAUGAGAAGCAGCUGACAUUAUUCACUGAUCGCCGAAGCAAGCUGUACAUAUUCAACCCCUCAAAAGCUCCAGAGUCUUUGUAUUUUGAAGGUUCCAGUUAUUCGCGGUGGGAAUCUAUGCCGUUUCCCAAGGGUCAGCUGCCUGAAAAUUGCAAUCAGUCAAGAACGACAUCACUGCCGUUUCCUUCGGGGCGAUUCUCGACUCAGGCUUAUGACUCAACCAUGUACUACUCCCCUGGCGCUGCUAGCGCCUCAGGAGAAUUCGUAUCAGCACUCGAUCAGCUUCACACUGAAUCUUCUACAACUGGUAAAUCUCCAAUCAACAGACGCCACCACUACAGACUGGCAAGUCCUAACACCAGUACUCCAAAGACUCAAGUUUCGCAAACAACAACGCGUGUAUCGUUGUCAAAUGUGUAUCGCUUGAGCGCCACCUGUUGUAUUUGUCUGCAGGAAAAAGCUGAUGACCAACUUAUUUCGCAUGAUAAAUGCGGAAGAUUGUAUUGCCGCCAAUGUCUUCAGGAUGCAGCUGGCGGAGUUUUUCAGUGCCAAUCGUACUGCCCACGGUGCGAAUCAGAAAUAGUCAUACAGUCCCACAUUACCAAUCAGAAAUCAAGGAUGAUUAUGGUUCCAAUAGUUCUACGAAGAUUUGAGGAGGAUUCUAAGACGAAAAGGUUAUUUGGACAUCCCAGUUUAGUCGUCCUUCCCAAAAAUAUUCUUGGCAAAGAUUUAUAUUGGUUCAUAUCAAAGCUGUUACCUGACGCUGUGGCUACACUCACGUUCACUUUACAUCUAGUUGACCAACAGGGAGUCAAUUGUUCCCGUUGUACCAAAAUCACCGGCUGCACAGGCUGCGAAGUCAACAAUGGAGACAUGAUCUUGAAUCUGCAGCCAUGUGAUAAUUUAGCAGUCCAAAUGGGCAACAUCAGCCGCUGGGAGGCGGAGAGGAUGGCCCGCUGUAUCGAGCACGACUCUAUAUGGAAGACUCGCAAUACAGAAGAUCCUGUACAACUUCAAGAUUGCUUGAGGACAUUUGUACAAAGCGAGCAGCUACCAGACACGUGGUAUUGUCAAAAGUGUCACCAGGAGAGAAAUGCUUCCAAGCGUUUGUGUUUAGUUCGUCUUCCAGAUACCCUUAUUAUUCAUCUUAAAAGGUACAGUCAGAGCGGCGUAAAGAUAACAGCACCUGUUACGUUUCCUCUUGAAGACCUUGACAUGCGUGAAUACAUUCAGCUAGAACACGACAGUGCAGAAGAAAAUGGAGCAGAAGACUUCAAUUACGAUCUUAAUGCCUGUGUCUGCCACGAAGGGAGUUACAGCAGUGGACAUUACACGGCCUACACCAGCAAUAAUGGAGUCUGGUACCGAUAUGACGAUAGUCGUGUUACCAAGGAAUUGCCAGAUAACAUAUCCUUUGCUAAGGCAUAUAUUCUGUUUUAUCACAGAAGGACGGUGUCACCGCGAAGUACAUCAUCGAGUUACAGUCAAGAGAGUUUGAAGGAUAAACACGUAACUGGGUCGGUGGAGAAAGAAAUCACCGAAAAUGAUGAUAUUUUGACAUCGCCAAAACUGCCAAAGACUCCUUUGUCAUCGAAUGAAAAGAAGACUUUAAAGGAGAUUGGAGAGGAACUAACGGAGAAACUUAACAUCCUAAAGCCCAUCGCUCAUAAAGUCUUUCUUAGGGAUUCCACAGACGAUGUGAAAGAAACCAAAAACCAAAUUAAAAGGAGAAGAUGGAUGACAAACCGGAAGGUGUCUGUUGGAAUAAAAGCGGAAGAAAGAGAAUCGAAGCCAACUGCCAGACCUGAGGGAGCCUGCAACGAAUGGGAAGUGAACAAGUGUGGAUGUAAACAGUGUGAUUAUUUCAAACAGGUGGAAAGAAAGGUUAUCAGAAUAGGUCCCGCGAACGGGAAGCAAAGAGGCAUCGCCAUUGGUCAAUCGCCCAAUAAAUGUGCACGAGGGCCUCGUGCUACAUAUGAUAGUGACUGCUUUUUCGCACUUAAUUUUGGACUCCUUUACUACUUCCAGAUAAAGAAAGCGAGGCAAGAUGCUAACGAAAAAGACUCCCGCACACAAGAUGCCCCGGCUUGGGACAAUUCAAAAUCAAUUUCAAAGAACUCAUCUUUAACAUCAAUCUCAGUGUCAGUGCGAUCAUCAAUUUCACCUUCAACGACACACUCUUGUACCACUGAGUCGUCUGUAGACCACGUGUACUCUAAGGCGGAAGAAAUUAUUCCUCACUACCAAAAGAAACAAUCUUCGAAAACUUCUGCCAAACUAUACAGCAAGGACAGCAGUCACAUCAUGGAUAUUGAGAGAAUAACGCACGAGCUAAAAUAUGCUAUAGAAAACGAAAAUAUUAGACGUGCUGUGACUCUCUUGAAGCGGGGUGCAGACCCCAAUUUGUUGGUGAAUGGAUUAAGUGCACUCCAUAUUGCAGUGGGAUUAGACUCUCCUCUCAAUCUCCGUUUCACCCGCCUCUUGUUAGACUAUGGUGGUAACCCCAACGUUCCUUCUUCAGAAGGCAUAACACCCAUACAUGUAGCCAUCAUGUGGGAACGAAUCAACUGCCUCAAGAUUCUGUUUAAUGGGGAGGGAAACCAUUACUGGGCAGAAAAUAAAGAAAAGAACGCCCUUCAACAAGCGACAGCUUUUGAAACUGAAACUGGUGCCAACACAUCUGACUGCUUCUUGAAGAAACUCGACGAGCGAAUCUCUAAGCAGCUUCAACAAACCACUUUCCAGUCUGACUCACCGGAUUCUCCCCCAAUUUUUGAGCUUGGUCCCACUCUAUCACCUAAUGUCGGAUGCAGUAUUGCCAGAAAACGACCGGAAAAGAAAGGGUCCUUCAAAACAGUUAGGCGGAAAGUGUCGCGUAGCUUCCGGAGAGCUUCGGGUCAGUUCCGUCGUGGAAUCCGACAAAUUCGUAGCUUGCUCCGCAGUUCGUCUGGAAGUGACAGACGAAUUUAACCUCAAUAAACAAUAAAAAUCAACAUUUUAGCUGUAGAUGUUUAGUACCUGUUUGCUGUACCUCGCCCUACCAAAAGACCGCAUGACUGAGUCUAGAGUAUUAUUUAAGCAAUUAUAGUUUAUAUUAUAGUAUUUAUUUUGUACGCGCUCUUGUAUAACAAUGUUAUUGUAAAUAAAGUUACUUAUUAAUAAUCC